CACCUGGCGCGCAGGUAAAGGCAGUGGCGCUCGCUUGCUUUCCCCUCGGCUCUCCUUCCUCCUUUCCCGCCAUGGCCAACUCGGGCUUGCAGCUGCUGGGCUUCGUGCUGGCCCUGCUGGGCCUGAUCGCCGACCUGACGGCUACCAUCCUGCCCCAGUGGCGAGUCUCGUCCUUCGCCGACGGCAGCAUCAUCACCGCGCAGUCCUACUACCUGGGCCUCUGGAUGGAGUGCGUGUGGCAGAGCACCGGGCAGCUCCAGUGCAAGGUCUACGACUCCAUACUGGCCCUGGGCGCUGCCAUGCAAGCCACCCGGGCGCUGAUGGUCAUCUCCAUUGUCAUGGGUGUGAUCGCCAUUGGCAUCGCCACCAUGGGCAUGAAAUGUACCCGCUGCGGAGACGACAAGGUCACCAAGGCCCGCAUCGCCAUGACGGGCGGCAUCAUCUUCCUCGUGGCGGGUUUGUGUUCUCUGGUCGCUUGUUCCUGGAGCGCGAACCAGAUCGUCCAAGAUUUUUACAACCCCCUGUCCCCCAUGAAUAAAAGGUACGAAUUUGGCCCUGCCAUCUUCAUUGGCUGGGCAGGUGCUGCUUUGUCGCUGCUGGGGGGUGGGAUGCUCUCCUGCUCGUGUCCGGGAGAUUCCUCCGGGUACAAAAACCGCCAGUAUCCUGCAGGGAAGCCCAUCUCCAAACCCCCCAAUAGCCGAGAAUACAUCUAGAUGCCCCAGGCCACUGCCAAGACCCAUGUGCCACUGAGCUUGGAACAGCCUGGAUUUUGCUGCCCAGCUGGGCAUCUUUAGACUUUUAAAUCCCCCUCUCGGGGAGUUCUUCCCCCCCUCUUAACCUGUUUUAUUAUUCCUUCGAUUGAAUUGGUUGAUUUUAUUUUAUUUUUAAAAUAGGGAUCCUAUUUUAAGUAGAGAUAUUUUAAUAUUUUCAUUGGGGAUCGGCCCUGAAGGGAGGAAGGUGGGCAUUAUUAAUCCCUUGGUGCAUUUUUCUCGGGCUGCCCGAGGAAGGAUUGGAGAUGGAAGACCCCCGUUAAAUCCUUUUGACCCCGGGGAUUAUGGGGUUUGGAGUCCAGCGCAUCUGGAGGCAACGAGAUUGAGGAAUAGUGCUAUAGUAAGGUUUCCUGGGUAGGACCCCCUCACCCCUUUAAUAAACCAAUCCAUCAGGAGAAGAUAGCCUCUGGGUGUCCCUAAACAAAAGUCGGAUUGAUCUAAAGAAAACCCCCAACCAUUGGUGGGAGUUCCCCCCC